AUGGAUAAGAGAGCUGCAGUACUUUUCAACUCUUCGAAUAACGUGUUGGGACACAGUAGCUCUAGAAUGGAAAUGGAUACACCUUCAUUAGUUGAAAACAGAGACUAUCAGCGCUGUCUUCUAUAUUGUCUGAAGAAAAAUGUGCAGCACCAUUGGGCAAUCAAAAGUGGAAUUUUCCUAGGUGAUGUUCUAGUUGGUAGUGGCUUGAUGAUUGUUACCCUUUCUUUGACUUUGACAAAGAGUGAUUCUACUUUUUCCCCGGAUAACAUAAAGCUUAUUUUCAUACUGCUUUGUGAGCUCUUGAAUUUGUUUGGCUAUUGCUUUUGUGGAACUCUUGUCAAAGAUAAGAGUUUGAGCGUACAAACAGCACUGUUCGACUCUUCAUGGCUUCAGUUAUCUCAGUCGUCAAAGAAGUCGCUGCAAAUUUUCCAGAUAUGCAGCACAAGACCAAUUGUUCUGAAGGGAGUUGGCAUGUUCGAGAUCAAUUUGGAAUGCUAUUUGCAGACCUUAAAUCACGUUGUCAUUCCGGCGGUGUCUCGUGAUCUGCUUCUGCCGUCUUGAUGGUUCGUUGACAUCUAACAUCUGAUUCUCCCGUAGUUGUUGACAAAAUGAGGGAAGAUGAUACU